AUGCCGCGCGCACAACAAACAGAGGAUGUUGUCCUCGGGCCGGACGGCUUUCCACACCACGCCGAGGACCUGUCCCGCGACGACGACCUAUGCUCCUACAUGCUCGUCGACCAGCUGGGAUGCGAGCGCCUGCCCGACAAGCGUCUUGGUGUUCAUCCACAGCAGGUCAAGUUUGUUGGGCCGCCCAUCAAGACGGCGGAUGUUUUGAACAUUGUUCAAGAGGUCAUACAGGGAGGCAACAUGGCCGAUGCAGUCAAGAAGCUUGAAGAAAUGCCAGUCUUCCAGGACCACCUCGCGCUCAAACACAACGCAAAGCGCCGGAAGAAUGCCCUUCUCCACGUCCAGCUCUACCUCCAAGUCUACCACCCCACGUCGCGCGUCGAGAUUUGGCGCACAAACAGGUACACCGAGGUGUCUGGACAUACCGAGCUCGCCAUCUACGCCACAUCGUCGCUCGCCAAGCACGCCGUCCUCACCGAGCUCCAGGGAAGCUGCGCCAACUUGCCCGACGAAUGGCGUGAAGACAUGGAGCAUGCAAACUGGGGAGAGGUGUCUGGUGGCGAGGGCGAAGACGAUGGAGAUGACGAAGACGGCGACGAGGACGCCGGGGAGAGCCCCGAGGCGACAGAAAAGCGCAAGGCCCGAGAAAAGGAAAAGGAGAUUCGCCGUCGCCGAAGUGGAAGGACAGGCCGUCGCGACUUUAGUAUCAUCUGGUCAGAGCGACGUCGGCACUAUCAACUCUUCCUCGGCCCUGCUCGCUUCCUGAACCACGACUGCGAGCCAAACGUGUCCCUCUACCGUGCGGAGAAUGGACGGGUGACGUUCCAGUGUCUGCGCGACAUUGCCAUUGGAGAAGAGUUGACUACCGGCGACAACUACUUUGACAAGGGCAACAUGAAGUGCAUGUGCCUCACGUGCGAGAAGAACGGCAGGGGUUUCUACGCAGGCAAGCCUGUUGUCAACGGCCUCGAGUCUGAGCGUGCUGGCGGCUCGCGCAGCGCCUCGGCGGCGCCUUCAUCACGAGCCAGGGCGAUGAGUUCUGUUCGCCCUUCCAUGGUUCCCGGCGACGAGUCUGCCGGUGACGAGAGCGAAGUCGAGGACACGACCAUUGCCAGUGGGCCAGAAACGCCAGCUGCUGUUCUUACGCCCAAGAAGAACAACCACCUUCGACACUUGAACUCGCCUGCACCAGAAAGUGUCGUGUCAGAGGUUGAUUCCAACGCAGACGACAGCCCACGAAAAGAAAGGCCCUUUCGCGCGGUCCGCAAGCAGUCAAAACCGUUUCAGUGGACCAAACGUCUGCCUAGGAAGGAACACUCGGCCUCGGUCACGCGCGAGCUCCUUGACGACCCCGAAGGCAUUGACCGCUGUGUCACGUGUGUUGAUGCUCUUACUGAGCGAUUAUGGGACAACUUGACCAGUAGCUACGACUCGCAUUGUCCCAGAUGCACGCGCCAUGCCCUGGUGUUCCAGCUCCCAUGGCCGGCCCAUAGCCCCGACAAGGUCAAGGUGUACCCGCCCACGCAUCUCACUCCUCUCAACUAUCAGCCCCGACCUGUCGCUUGCGUUCCACUUCCGUCCUUGGGUCCCAAACCCAAGAAGAAGAUCGAGCCUGAUCCAGAGGCCGUCCGGCAAGAACUCCAGGAGCUUGACCUCACACUCCCCACAGCGACGAGAGAAGACCGCGCUCACUGGCGGUUGCUUGCGGAAAUCGAGCGCGAGCAAGGCUGGAUCGACCAUUUGCGGGCCAUGGAGUUUGAAUGGCAAGAGGCUCGCGACCAAGCCAAAGCUGCUCAAGAAGAGGCGCGUGCCGCAGCCAAGCAGGCUCGCGAGGAGGAGAAGCGCAAGAAGAACGAGGGCAAGAUCCGCGGUUCGGGACUGUGGCAGCGAUACGAGGUGGUCGACCUCGACGAGUUUGAGCGCAAGAAGAAGGAACGCGACACCGUCGUCAGCGGUACUCGCAGUGGGCGCAAGUUUACUGUGACCAAGCCGCAAGACGUGGACGAGGAUGAGGUUCUGCGCGAGGCUCAGGCGCGUGUUGACGCCGAGCGCGAGCGCGAGAAGCUGGCCGACAUCAAGAGCAAGGCGUGGCGCGUCAUGAACAAGGACCGGCUUCAGACGUACAAGGCAAAGGGCAAGGCCAAGCCUGCUGUGCUGCUUCCCACUACAUCGCCCAAGGCCGGACCGUCACGAGGCCGAGGCGCUGCAGGCCUUACUGCGGCCGCACCACCGCCUGCCAAGUCGUCCGUGUCCCCGCGCAGGAACCACAGCUGGCUACCCGUCAUGACUGUUGCCAACGAAUGUCCGAUCGACUUGACAAUGGACACGACCGACGAGGAAGACUCUGUGAUGGUCGUGUCCGACUCGGACGAUCGGCCUCCCCCAUCCAAGCGGCUUCCAGCUACACCUGCUCGCCAUGGCAGGCGGGCCGUCACCGAGGCCACUGCCGACGCCACGUCUGAAGAUGAGCAGCCCCGCAAGCGUCCUGUACCCAUCAAGUCGCGCGCGGCCAUUGGCACCCGUCUUCCCGUCACUAGGGCACCGGCAUCCACGCCCUCUGGUAGCGACAGCACCGCCACUCCCCGCCGUCCGCGCGGCCGUCCGCCCGGCACGGGGCACGUCCAGAAGCGCAUGGCCAAGCAGGUUGAACGGGAAGAAGCGAGCAAGCGCAAACGCGCAGAGAAGGAGGCCCACGUCUCGGACCGUAUGGCUCGUGACCCGGACUCGAGGCUCAACAACGGGCACCACCAGGCUGUGCCACUCCACAGCCCGCCCCGGCCGCCCACGGGCAAGUGGCACGGUGCUUCGCGACGGGAGUUCUUCUCCUUUGAACCUCGCGACCACGACCUCAGCGCGUCGCCCACCUCGGUCGCGCCGCCACUUCGCGCAUACAGGGGCUCGGCUGGUGCUGGUGGUGCUGGUGCUGGUGCUGCUGUGCCGCGUCGCGUGCACGAGACGUUCCGCACCUCGUCUGCGUCGGCCGUGUCGUCAUCUGCCGUGCCGUCCGUCGAGGAGGCCUCGCCUCCGUCCGUGGGUGACCUGGACGACAGCCACGAGUCGUUUACGUCUGCCGAGCUCGACGCAGGCAUGGACAGCGGCAGCGACCCUGCCGAGCUUCCCCGCCCGCUCUCGGUCGUGCAGGCCGCCGCCGCCGUGCACACGCCCACGACGGAGAAGAAACGCAAGCGCCUGUCGGACGCGAGCAGCAGCACGACGUCGUCGUCGAGCAAGCGGAAACGCGUCUUCUUCCACUCGCGCCUGCACACCGAGUUUGACGCCGUCAACAAGCCCACACACCCGAGCGUGGCCAUCCUGCCCCGCCCGCGAUUCACUCUGUUAUAG